AUGACUCGCCAUCAGGAACUGUUUGCUCCCUCCUCUCGGGAAAGGCAUACUUGCAGCUCUUUGAAUGGUUUGCCCAUCAGUCGGACUAAUACCAGAAAGAAGCAGUUGCGACGCUCAGAUGAAGAAUACAGUACUCUCCAAAUGAAGCUUCAUCCUUUCGACGGACCAUUUUCAUAUGGAACCUUUCACAACGACGAAGAAUUCCCUGUUAAUAUGCGAAACGCUAUCUGCACAUCCAUCCCAUCUUUUGAGCUUACACGAUCUCCAGCACUCAUAUCUCGCAAAAGGCGAGCUCUGAGAAUACUGAAGAGCAGCUUGAAUGUUGACCUCGGACCUAGUCAUGCACUUGAAGUCACUUGUGACCAGUAUGAGAAGACAUUCCGAUACGAGUUCGAACUCCUAGAAAGGCUAUUGAGACAGACAUGGGCCGUUCAUAUAUCAAACGGCAACCUGGGAGUGCGCAUCGACUCAUCAAUCUUCUCCCAGUUACAAGCUGCACUACAACGGCGAAAGCGGGAAGCCAGCCAUUCACUUGUUAUACACAAGAUAGAUCUUAAUUGUCCUACUUGGGGCCAGGAUAUCCGCCUUUUUAUGACAGAGAAUGACUUCGAAUUGUACGCCCUCUGUUAUCGGGUAUCUGUUGAGCAUUUUCUGGCAGAAAUGGAUAAUCAGCACGAUUGGGAAACCGGAAAACCUUGGCCCACACUUGACGAAUGGAGAAAGCAUGGCCGAAAUCUGACUCACUCAAUGCAGACGGUAGCAGAGAAAUCAGAACAACUGAAACCCUCAGCCGUCGGACACCAUCCUCAAAGCAAAGUGAGCGAAUCCUUAUUCUCACUCAAGCAUAGCCCCGUUCAACCAUCAGCGAAGAUGCGGGAAAUGGGAUUCCUGGAUAGUCCUUGCAAAAUAUCCAUGAAGGGCGAGACUGAAAGUAAACACCGGCCACAAUCUCGACAAUCGGCUAGCGGUCCCAACUUCAAUGAUGAGACUUCUGGUGGUCAUAAUAGCAAUAGGGAAUCGAAGGAUCUACCUUCCUCUUGGCGAUACACAGGGCUAAGCCUUGAAACCGAAGACAAUCAAUUUGUUGCUUCGAGUAAAUCAGCUCUGACCCUUUCAUCUGCGUAUUUCCAACGACCUGCAAGCCGUACUGUUGGUCCUUGUGACUUGAAUGCAAUGGCUGCGAAGGAAACCAAGCCUGAGGUUGCUCCUCACAAGUCUCACUUAUAUACAGAUCUGCGAAGAGAUGAUGGUCACUCAGGAAAUGUACGAGACGUGAAUCCGACUCAUCUGCCUAUGAAACCUCAGCCACCUAAAGGUCUCGCUAACAGAUCUCUUGAAAUAUCCCUCACAACUUCGACGCCUCCUCCCAUGCUGAAGGUUCCUUCCGCCAUUGGUUCGAAGCCGUCGAAAGGGGGAGUGAAUCAGUGUAUAUUUCCAGAAGGAAUUGUGGCUCAGGCACAGAAGAGUGAGACGGAAGCUACAAAGGAUGAUAACCAUACCAUACUGAAAAGAUCGACACCUACGGGUCAAACUGCGAACUCCCGUUCAACUAUGAACCGUAUCGAUGAGCCAGGAGACGUUUCAUUCAAGGACAUAAUGAGGGACGAAGGACGGCCUCAAUCCCAGCAUAAUCAUGAAUCUGCCAACAUUCCCGAGCUCGGCAACGAGACUUCCAAUCGUCGUAAUACUAGCAACUGUAAUCUGGAGGAUGUGCCUUCCUCUCUGAGAUAUACAGGACGAAAUCUCCAAACCGAAGACAAUCAAUUUGUUACUUCGAGUAAGUCAGCAUCGGCACACCUUCAAUCGGCUGCGAGCCACACCUCCGGUACUUGCAACCUCGCCGCAGUAGCUGCCAUGGAAAUCAAGCCGGCAACUGCACAUCAUGAUUCUCAGCUGCAUACAGAACUGCAAAAUGACAGUCAGUCAGCGAAAUCAUGCAACGCAAUCCCAACUCACCUGCCUCCUAGACCUAAUUUCCGGCCACCUACAGGCCCCGGUAACGGAUCUCUUGAUACCUCCCUCGUAUGUUCAACAAAUGUUCCCACGAGCAUUACCAUGUCGAAACCUCAUCUUGCUGCCGGAUUCAAACCAUCGAAAGGAGAACAAAACCAGUACAUACUUCCGGAAGCCGAUACGACUCGAGCACAGCAGAGCAAGAGGGAUGCUAUGAAAGAACGGAACUGUAUGGCACCGAAAACACCGAAACCCGUGUGCCAGAUAGUCGAUUCCAUGGAGGGGAAACUCAUUGUAGCCCGAGCCGGAAAAGAGAAGAGGCUAAGUCGAAAAAUGAGACGGGCUUUAGAAAGAGAACAGAAAACGCGCAGGGAGCCAGAAGCAGCAUUCUCAGAAGUCUCGGUAACUGGACAGGAGUCAACUGAACGGCUCGGAGAUACCACACCAGGUACGGAUUUCGGUGCAGUAUCUUUGCAGCACAGGUUUCCGGAGAAAACUGAAUACGACCAAUUAAGUCAGAAUACUCAACUGAAAGCCUGUUCAAAUGACGCACCCGGUUCCAUUAUUGUCAUUCCUGUCACCAUCCUUCCAACUCUCGCUUCCGAAAAUGCUCAAGCGAGCCUGUUCGUGCAUUCAGGUGUUGCGCUGCCGGAUAUUGAUCCAUGUGAUGGCAUAGUUGAACAACAUAAUGACAAGACAUCGGAAUCGAAAGCAAGAAGGAUAAUUGUGGAAAAAGCAGCUUCCACAAGUAGCAAAAUAUGUGAGUCGGAAGGAAACCAGCACGUCGGGCCAAUAAGGGGACUUGAAGAUCAGAUUUGGGAUCCGGGUUUAAACAUGCGAUGCGAGGUCCAAAUCAGGAUCACAUUGAAUAUCAACGAAGGAAAGAACGAAGGAACAUCGAAUCAAUGCCAGAACCUAGACGCAAUCUCGAGAGUAAAUGGAUUAAUCGCGGAAUCGACGAGACGGCGAUAUCAAGGGGCCCAUCAUCAAUAUCAUCCCUAUUUUGGAAAGGGUUCCCAGGAACCGGCACACGCCGAUUCCCAACUUCGCCGCAUGAAGUCUUGGCCCUCUUGGGCUCCCUCUAAUCGCAUGUCACCCGAACGACAUCCUGACGUCUCUGGCGACAGAAACCAUUUCGAAGUUACUGUAAAAGUUGACUCACGACAUUUAUCCGCAGAUUCACUUGCAGUGCCAGAUCAAGCUCAAAAUGCGAAUUUCAACCUAAUCCUUGACUCAUCUGGCAGCGAGAAGUCUGUACGCAAUGAGAUUCCCGAAUUUGAUGAACCUUGCCCUCCAUAUGUGCAGGGUGUGGGAUAA